AUGUCACCAACAGUAAACAAGACCAACUUGACGGUGGAGAGCCGCGACGCCACGGUCCCGACUGAAGAAAACUGGCACGUCCUCUUCGGCGCGUGCCUUGCACUCACCGCCGUGAUCUGCGCGGGUGGCUUGUUCUCGCUCGUGUCUCUGCUCAGGACCAGGAGCAAGUCCGCCAUGUGCCUCAUCGUAGCCUCGCUGUCGGCGGAUGACCUGAUCUGCGUGGUGCCGCUUUGCCUUUCAAUGGUCCUGCAUUGGAGAAGAAACAAUGAGACUGCGGAGGCUCGCGACGAAACUAUGUGCACUUUAUCCGGGCUCCUGUACAUUUUCCAAGGACUCUCGAGCAACAUAAAGGCGUGUCUCGUCGUGGCGUACGCGCUGUACGCAACCAAGCGCAUCGGAGCGCGCGAAGAGAGCAACGGAGAAGAAGGAAAUGGAAGACGCGGCCGCGUACUAUGCGCGCUCACGCUCGUGUGGGUGCUGAGUCUGGCGGUGAGUGUGCUCCCGUUGUGCGGCUGGGGCCGCUUUGCGCGCGCCUCCCUCGGCUGCCUGCCACACAGUGAUGACCUUUACGCGCCAUUCCUCUUCUCCCUGUACGCGCUGUGCGCUUGCGGAGUAGCGGUGUGCGCCGCGCCUCUCGCGCACCGGCUCCUGUGCUCCGCUGAGGAGCUCCAGCCCAGCGCCUUCACCUCACUGUCACGAGAGAGUUUAGAUAUGAGUUUUAGUGGGUUCGGAUCCCAUGUAACAGGCCUGAGGAGUAAAAGCGAGACGUGUUCGUGCUCUUCGCCUGCCAGUGAGCUGCGCUUCGGAGACGACGGUGUGCGCCGCUGCCCUGCCAGACUCUUUGCGCAGAAACGCUUCUCUUUGAUUUUGGCAAUGGCUCGAGUUCUGCUGUGGAUGCCGAUGAUGACGCAGAUCCUGGUCAGCCACAUCAUUCGGGUGCACUCUUCGUCUGUGGAGACGCUGUGCUUCUUCCUGACCUUGCUCUCAGCCGCUGUCACCCCGGUGUUCUGUCUCUCAGAGCGCUGGAUUCAUCUUCCCUGCGGCUGUUUCAUCAACUGCGGUCAGGAUGUCGGUUCCGUCUCUUCGGCUAUGCAUAAAAGGAGGUUUGAAUUCAACCUCUCCUUUCAGCAAGGUUAUGGCAUUUACAAGAUACCUCACACAACCUCACCCUCUGUGGAGAAGCCGUGCUACAGCAGCCUGUAUGAUCACGAUUUCUCUAAAAGCCGAGUCGCUAUUCUAAGCAGUGGGCAGAUUACGAGUCUGGCCUCACGUGACUUCAAGAAGAUGGUGGUGGAAGAAGAGGAGGACUGCUCCCUCCACGGAAAGCUCCUCUUGGACAGUGCAUCACGGCAGGUGAGAACAGAAGCCCCAGAGCAGCUGAACUCGGUGGAGCAGGACGCUUUUGGAAAGGUGUCUCCAGCUGUUUCGGGCUGUGACGGGGAGGACCUGAACCUCGACAGUUCUUCGGUUUUUGACGGUCCGGAGAGGAGGCUCUCACACGAGGAGUGUCGCAAGAUUGAGCUGACUGACUGGGAGUGGUGCAGGAGCAAAUCAGAGAGGACACCAAGACAGAGAUCUGCAGGUGGCUUGGCAAUCCCUCUCUGUGCUUUCCAGGGCACUGUGUCGCUCCAAGCUCCAACAGGCAAAACCCUCUCGCUCUCCACCUACGAGGUGAGCAGUGAUGGCCUCAGGAUCUCCCCCACCAACGCCAAGAAAGUCGAGGUGUACCGCUCCAAAUCUGUGGGCCACGAGCCAAGCGCGGACGAGCCGAACUCCGGGUGCGGCGGUGGUGGAGGCGUAGCCGACACCAACGUCAAGAUCCAUCUGGAGGUUCUGGAGAUCUGUGACAAUGAGGAGGCCAUGGACAGUGUUUCGAUUGUGUCUAACAUCAGCCAGUCGUCGACGCACGCACGAUCCCCGUCUCUGCGCUACUCUCGGCGCGAGAACCGCUUCGUAUCAUGUGAGCUGGGAGAGACAGCUUCAUACUCGCUGCUGAUCCCAGGGUCCAGCCCGGAUGCUGACGGUCUCAACAUACACAUCCCGGAUACGGUGGAGGCACACCGACAGAACAGCCGGCGCCAGCGGAGUGAGGCUGGAGGCUACCAUGAGGAGAUCCAGCUUCUCAACGAGGUCUACAAGAAACAGGAGGGAGAACUGAACAACUAAUAUGAGCAGACAAGUGCUGACUGAAACCAGUUUGAACGUCCUCGGUGAAGGACUAGUACUCGAGACAAAAAACAUGAGAUGUUGGAGAAUAAGGACAUAAGCUGGGAUACAGAUUAUUUCAGAAGUUGCAGGAGAUGAUGCAGGAGAUGUAUGUGGCUUAUCGAAAAUAGAAUUUAGGCUUGAGAGAUAUCAAACAUCUUAUACAGUAAAAUACAGAUAGAAUUUAGAAGAUUUUUUUUAAUGGUAAAAUAGAGACCCAUCUUUGAUUUGUCCUUCUUGGGGAACACAUAAAGGAUCCAUGUAGAAGGGUUUCCCAGCUAGCACUCCAAGUAGCUAAACGAAGUACUCUUAAAUAUCAAUAUUUUCCCAAUUUAUAUUAGCAUUAAAUUUAUUAAUACGAAACACGGCCCCUCAUUUCCUGAUGGUAGUAAAAGGUCAGGGCCUCUGCUUACUUCAUGCAGACAAAUGUUCAACUGGCCUUCACAAACAACGUGAUGUAAUUAUGGAGCAAACUGACACGGUUCAUUAUGUCGUACGAUCAUGAUCGAACCCAAGCCAGUUUGUUCCAAGCAUCACUUAGGUUUAGCACGCUAAACUCUUCAUCCUCGGCUACAUCCUCAGUUAAUUGUUAUGGUCUCGUCUACCGCCUGUCCUUUUUUAUCUUCUUCUUUUAACCGAUCUGAAGCACUCGUUUUCAGAGUUGGUAUAAAUGUCAAGCUUUUUUUUUUUCUUCCUCUUGGAAUUAGCGCUAGUAAUGAGGUGUCUCUUUGUCAGGAUUUGUUUCUGCCACCUACUGGAUGUGUCAGAGAGAUUUAUUUUUGCAUUGUGUCUGAUGUUUACACUCCUUUAGUGUGUCUCCGGGUACUCGAAUGCUGUACAUAUACAGGAAACACUAAAAGCCGAUUACAGAAAGAAUCGUAAUGUUGCUAGCCUUAAAGUAGAUAAGGCCAUAGGGAAUUCUCACAGCCCUACUGAUUACCGCUGGGGCAUCAUUAGCAGGAACAGACGUCUUUCCUCAAACAGCUUAGAAGCACACUUAUACCAAAUCAAUAACGGCAUUUACCUAAUGUACAUGAGUCAUAAACCACAACGUCAACAAUAACAAAUGCUUUAGUAUUUAUACAGCAGUCUGGGAAACGCCUUCGCAUGGUCAGAUAUGGACCGGGUUGAAAAAUGCAUGUACGUCUGUGUGGAAAAUGAAUUUCAUUCCAGUUCCACUGAAAGACCUCCAAACAGUAAUUAUCUGAAAACAGCUAGUGUUUAUUGAUUUCAUUAGCAUUUGUACAUUCAUGAUUUGUGACCACUUGGUUAGGGUAGCGAGUGUGUGUGCGUGAGUGAGUCAGUGAGUGAGUGAGUGAGUCAGUGAGUGAGUGAGUGAGUGAGUGAGUGAGUGAGUGAGUGAGUGAGUGAGUGAGUGAGUGAGUGAGUGAUUGAGUGAGU